AUGCAAAUCAUCAAAGACAACCCAUGGCUCGAACAAUGGCGCGGCGGUCUCGAAUGGCGCCAGCACUUAUACCAAGAAGCUAAGAAGCGAAUCGAAGAUAUCGCUGGCUCCUUGGAUAAAUUCACACAAGCAUACAAAGAGUUUGGUGUCCACAAAGUAGAAGGCGGUAUCCUUUACCGUGAAUGGGCACCAAAUGCCGAUGAGAUAUAUCUUGCCGGUGACUUCAACAACUGGAAUUGUGAAGAUCCAGCAACAAAGUGCGAAAAGGAAGACGAAUACGGCCACUUCAAACUCUUCCUCAAGGAUACAAAGGAGGGCCCAGUUAUCCCACACAACAGCAAGAUUAAAUGCUGCCUCAAGCUCAAGAGCGGCGAAACAGUUUGGAGAAUUCCAGCCUGGAUCAACUACGUUCGCCAAAACACAGAGAACAUCGAUUUCAAUGGUAUCUUCUGGAAUCCAGAGAAGAAGUAUGUUUUCAAGCAUCCAAAGCCAGCUCCACUCGACUGUGCACUUCUCAUUUAUGAGACACACAUCGGUAUGGCUGGUGUUGAACCACGUAUCCACACAUACAAGGAGUUCGAAGAGAAUGUUCUCCCAAUGAUCAAGAAGGACGGUUACAACGCCAUCCAGAUCAUGGCUGUCAUGGAGCACCCAUACUACGGUUCCUUCGGCUACCAGGUUACAAACUUCUUCGCCAUCUCAUCACGUUUCGGCACACCAGAAGAGCUUAAGUCCAUGAUUGAUACAGCACACGGAAUGGGCAUCCAUGUCUUCCUCGAUCUUGUCCACUCCCACGCCUCAAAGAACGUUGCUGAAGGUAUCAACCACUUCGAUGGCACAGAUCACCAGUACUUCCACGAAGGUGGCCGUGGCUAUCACCCAUUGUGGGAUUCCCGCUGCUUCAACUACAACCACCCAGAAGUCCAGCGCUUCCUUCUCUCCAACCUCAGAUACUACAUGGAAGAGUACAGCUUCGAUGGCUUCCGCUUCGAUGGUGUCACAUCCAUGAUGUACCUCCACCACGGAAACAUGUACUCAUUCAACAGCAUCGACUGCUACUUCUGCGACCUCGUCGAUCGUGAGGCUGUUACAUACCUCAUGCUCGCAAACACAGUCAUCCACAUGGUCAAUCCAAACGCUAUCUCCAUUGCUGAAGAUGUCUCCGGCAUGGUUGGCCUCGCUCGUUCAAUCGAAGAUGGUGGUAUGGGUUUCGACUACCGCCUCGGCAUGAGCAGCCCAGAUAUGUGGAUCAAGAUGCUCAAGGAGCAGCGCGAUGAAGACUGGAACGUCGGCAAUGUCGCCUUCGAGUUAUCCAACAGACCAUACAAGGAGAAGACAGUUGCUUACUCCGAAUCCCACGACCAGGCACUUGUCGGUGAUAAGACAAUCGCCUUCUGGCUCAUGGACAAGGAAAUGUACACAAACAUGUCCUGCCUCCAGCCAGAGUCAAUGAUCACAGCUCGUGGUAUGGCUCUCCACAAGAUCAUCCGCCUCAUCACAAUCGGUCUUGGUGGUGAAGCUUACCUCAACUUCAUGGGUAACGAGUUCGGCCAUCCAGAGUGGAUCGACUUCCCACGUGAGGGCAACGGCAACUCAUUCCUCCACUGCUGCCGCAGAUUCGACUUACCAUUCACAGACCACCUCAGAUACAAGUACCUCCUCGCUUUCGAUAACGCCAUGAUCAAGCUCGAACACGACUACAAGUUCAUGGAGUCCGGCCACAUGUACAUCACAUUGAAGCACGAGGAAGACAAGGUCAUCGCUUUCGAACGCGGUGAGCUCUUCUUCGUCUUCAACAUGCACACACACAAGUCAUUCACUGACUACGCUAUCGGUAUCGAAUGGCCAGGCAAGUACAAGUGCAUCCUCUCAUCUGAUGAUGAAGAAUUCGGUGGACACAGCACAAUCGAUAAGUCAGUCAUCCACGAGACAUUCCCAGAACCAUGGCAAUGCAGACAGAACAAGAUCAUCCUCUACAUCCCAUGCAGAACUGCCGCAGUUUACAAGCGUGUUUAA